GCGAUGAAAUUUUAUUUUCUGAGCUGUCUGCUAACUUUUCGCUGCUAAAUAAUGAAUUUGGACUUGACUGGCGACGUGGAGUCUGGAGCGCACGGUCAAUCCGGCCUGAGCCCUGCCCCUGACUCCGGACUGCCCAGAGCGGCCGGCCAGGCAUUGAGGCAAGCUCUGCUCGGUCAAAUAUGGAUGUCAAAAUCUUUUCGUCAAACAAUUUAUCGACGACCCCGGAGAAAAUGAAGAAUCUCUUCGACGACCUCGGAAAAGCAACGUUACGUGGCGUGCGGAAGUGUCCCAAAUGUGGAACAUUUAAUGGAACGCGAGGCAUCAGCUGCAAAAACAAGGCCUGCAAUGCUGUGUUCAAAGACAAGGAGAAAAAGAAAGGACACAGUUCUGAGUCAGUGAAAGUUAUCACCGGGUCUACAGUGCAGGUUUUUUCGGUCCGGUUACGAGACCGGGGUCCAGACUACCGCGGAUUCGUUCAGCUGCCGCUUGUUCAAGACUUGGAUGGGAAUCCAGCGGAGAGUGUCGACCCGGCGGUUUUGUCGCAAGCCGCACGCUGUUACGUCGACAAUUGUCCGAAAAACUGUGAAACGAAUCUCCACACCGCUGCGUGUAAUCACAUUAAAGGCGCCAUUAGCUGCUCGGAGGUGGCGACACCGUUGACCUUGAAAAAUUCCGUUCUGAACUCGUUGAACGUUUCUAACGAGACUAAACAGGCAAUCUGGUUGUUAGCCACAGAGACAACUGGACCAUUAGUACAGCGCGUCACAAAAAACAUCAUGGUCGUAAAGUGUAAACCGAAUCCGAAACAACCGCUGGGAUUUCUCCACUUCUCGUUCUUUGAGAUAUCGAGGAAUAGAACUGCUCCAGAGCAUAAAUUUCAAUGUAGUUGCCGGGCAUUUAAGGCAUCUAAAACUGGAACAGGUGUACCAAAGGUGGAUGAGAGUCAGAAGCGAUGUGUUCAUUUCUAUGCCUGUAUUUGUGCGUUUGCCAGUGACGAUAAGCUGCAUGACGAGUUUGGCUAUUAUAUCAACCUGGAUAGUCAAGCCCUACCAGAGAGGAGGUUGAUAACACUCUACCAUACGGUUGAUCCAAACCAACCAUCAGACACCGGGGAGGCUGUAGAGAUAGUUAUUGAAGAUACUCUGCUGGUGCCACCAGCCAAGAAGGCAAGGAUUGAGACCGUGGCUGUUGGAGACUUGGAGGAACAAGUGCAGGCGAGCAGCGCUCUCCUGACCUUACAAGACAGCGGCAACACGCCCAAGAAGCAGACGCCCACCAAACCAAUCCAGAGUAAACCGACAGCCCCAACGCCAAAGAAACAAAUCACGAAUGCCCCAGUUGACGAGUCAGUAACGAUAGGUUUCACCGGGUGGUUGGCCAGUGUCACGGAGCGCAUUAAUCAAACAAUGCAUUAUCAAUUUGAUGGUAACCCGGAACCUCUCGUAUUCCACGCACCACAAGCAUUCUUCGACUGCCUCCAGCAGAGAAUCUCAGCCGGUCAGAAAAAGAAGCGACUUCCCAACUCGACGACUGGCUUCGUCCGCAGAGAUGCUUUACCGUUAGGCACUUUCACAAAGUACACGUGGCACAUCACGAAUAUACUGCACGUGAAACAGAUAUUUGACACCACAGAGUAUCCACUGGAAGUUACCAGAAGUUUUGUUGAAAAUCGUGACAAUACCUACGAUUUGUACGAAGUGCCGAAGGUACAAGUUGAAAAUAUUGACGAUGCUUUCCGACCGGCUGGCUCAAAGGGGCAGACGCCAAUUCGACCAUUUGAACUGAGAACAUAUCUCAAAGUCGGCAACACGACUGCAGAUCAGAAAGAACCGACACCAUUUAUAAUUGAAUGGAUACCAGAUAUACUUCCGAAAACCCAUAUAGGGGAACUACGUAUCAAAUUUGAGUACGGCCACCAAAGGAAUGGGCAAAUUGAACAUCGACCUUCUGCGCAGAAUUUGGAAUUGCAGACAAUUCAGGUUCAGCAGUUAGGAUAGGAUGUGGAAUAAUCAUAAACUGUGAUGAAAAUAAGUGUGUGUUGGAUAUGGCUGCGCAUAAAAAUUGUUUGCUUGACGUAACCCCAUAGAGAACACCCCCUUCUAAUACCUAUAAAAAGAUUUUUGGUCGGGGAAAAGAGCAAAAAUUGUUAGAAUGUUAAUUCUCUUUCUUCCAGUCUAUGGCAUUUUGUCUUUAUUUCGAGAAGUCGUUUGGGAUUUUUGAAACUGUUAGUUUUGUUUUUUAACGAAAAAAAAUUAUCUGCACUAAAGUUUUAAGAAAUGUAUGUUACAUCAAACGAACAAUAUCUAAAGGAUGGCCCCGAGUACUACUGUCAAGAAUUUAUAAAGACUAUAUAUAAAUUCUUGCUACUGCGCAUUAAAAUUUUAGUGUGUAUUUAAAAAUUUAAAUGCUGGGUUACUUGAGCAAUAUGGUGCGUUUCCAAGCACUUUGUUUCUGUGUGCUGUCAGGGGCUUUUCAUUUUGUGUCUGCAGUGAAGGGGGUUUGUAAACUUGAAGUCCAUUUUGCCCAUGCGUGCCUGCAGGUGGGGUUGAAAUUAUUAAAAUGAAAUAGUGGCAAGAAAUGAAAAAGUAAGUCGGCGCUGAUGGACAACCAGAUGAUGGGAGAGGGGAGGGUUUCCCAAAAUUUAUGGUAAGGUGUCUACAUACUUAGUAGACGACCUGAUCCCUCUUAUCUAGUAUUCGAUUAUUGUCUGAUAGGGGGCUAUUGAUAUUGUAUCUGGAUGUUGUACCGCUAGUCAUGGUAGACAUUGGGUGAUAUGAAUAAAGACAGCAAAUGCUUUUACUUCCAUUUUGCACAGAACAGCCUAGUGUAGGUGUACCUGGAGUUUUAGAAAAAAGCAUUUGCUGGUCUUCAUCAUAUCGCCCAUUGGGUCAGGUCAAGUCUUGGACAUGAGAAAGUGUAAGGUGUUGGUGUUGGUGAAUUUGUGAUGGUGUUACACCAACACCUUACACUUUCUCAACCCCAAGACUUGUCCUGACCUAUUGGAGCGUGUCUACAGGAGCGUCAGUCUUUGCACGUCGGACCCGAAUUUCGGGCUACAUCAGUGAAGUAGUUAAAGGAGAAUAUCUGUUCUGAGUUGUUUGAAAGUCGUGUAUUUCUGUAAUGCCGUGGAGGCAUUGUUACUUAUAGCAUGUCUCAAAUAAACAUGUUUCUGGUAAUUGUUGCA